AUGGACACGACGACAGCCCCAGACUCAACCCCCAUCACCUUCUAUGACAUCGCUCACAAGCCCCCCGUAACCAAAUCCUGCUUCUCGCCCAACCCCUGGAAGAGCCGCUUCGCCCUCAACUUCAAGGCCGUCCCCUACACCACGUCCUGGGUGCGCAUGCCCGACAUCCCCCAAACCCGCCGCUCCCUCGGCUUGCUCGCCUGCCGCAAGUUUGCCGACGGCACAGACUUUUACACACUGCCCGUCGUCCGAGACGCCUCCACGGGCGUCACCCUAGGCGACUCCUUUGACAUCGCCAUCUACCUGCAGCGCACGUACCCCGACUCCGGCGCGGGCGACCUGUUCCCCGCGCAGAAACUCGACUACACCUUCGUCCCGAGCUUCGCCCUCGCUGUGCCGCUGUCAGAGCGUGCGGACGGCGGCUACUCCGAGUAUUACCGCUUCAACACAAGCGUUGACGCUGCUUUCACCUCCCACGUCCCGCUCAUGGUGAGCCGCAUGCCCUUUGACCCAGAAACAGAAGAGCAGACCAAGGCCGAGUUCAUGCGUCGCGCGGGCGUCAAAUCCUGGGACGACUUUGCCCUGACCAGCGAAGCGCGCGAGAAGCUCAUGCAGUCGUUUGAGGCAGCGCUGAGCGAUCUCGCGAGGCUUUAUCGCAGGGACGACAGCGGGCCGUUUCUGCUGGGCAAGCAGGCGAGUUAUGCCGACUUUAUCGUUGGCGCAUGGUUGAGGAUGUCAUGUAUCUGUUUGCCAGAGAGCGAGUGGGAUGAGGUGAGGAGUUGGCAUGACGGGGUUUUGGGGAAGCUGCAUGACGGGCUGGAGGCGUAUGCCGAAGUGAAAUGAGGGA